CGGGGACGGUGACGCCGGGGAAGUCGAAACAGCCGCCUCCGAGGGCGGAUUCGCCGGCGGGAUCUGGUGCGGGCGCAUCGCCUGUCUUUGGGAAUGCCGCGCUCAUGUCGUCGAUGGCGCAUAGUCUCGCGGCUCAGGCGUCGGCUUUGCGCGGCGGAUUCGCGAGCGGUAACAAGCCGGCCAGAGACGAGGACGAGAGGGACGAAGCCGCACCGGCUGCCGCCGUCAAACGCGAGGCUGCGUCACCGUCUCCGUCCCCGAUUAGCACCGAGAAGGUCAACCAGCUAGCUCAAAGCAUCGCCGGCAAAGCCGCUGCGUUGAAACAGUCUAUGACGUUCAAGCAGCCUGAGAAUGGCAGUGAAGAAACCGAUGCAUCUGCCGCGCCAGGUGCACCUCCACCUAAGCCCGUCCGUGCGCCCUCCUCAUUAGCCAUGUUACCCAACACAGCGGCCCUCUCCCAAGCCAUAGCGGCAGGAAUCAAACGCACGGGCUCACCAGGACCUUCGACCCCACCACGCCCCGCCUCGUCCGCCGCAGAAGCGGCAUCGAAUCUCACCGCGGAAACAGCACCGCCAACCACCCGCCCACCACCGACCCUCCCAUCCCGCCAACCCUCCACAACCUCCAUGCCCGCCCACCUUACGAACGACAACGCUAGCAGCCAGAAUAGUUCCCCGAAACUCCCGCCUAGGACGGCUACGCCCCCGCCUGGAACUGCUAACGGCACCAACAGCCCAGGCCUCCCACCGCGCAAACCCGCUAACGCGAAUACAGACGCACCCUCAUCACCAGCCCUCCCAGCCAGACAACCUUCCCACGCAUCCAUCACCUCCACCGCUAAACCGGCAACACCGCCCCUCCCCAGUCGCACCAAAUCCGAGGCGGCGUUCACCACCACCGCUGGACCACCGCCGAUACCGUCAAGACCGGAUGCGGUGCCGAGGAGUGGUGGGACGGGUGGGGAGGUUAGACCGGCGAUGCCUCCGCGCCCUGGGGUGGAUGCGAAGGGCCCGCAGACGCCGCCGAGGGUUCCUGCUAGGUAGAUUGCGUAUAGGGGCGUGAAGUGGGAUGGAUUCCUGUUUCUUUGGUUUUUCUCCGAAAGCAUAUAAUUUUGAAAGGUGGUG